AUGACUGCUGAAGAAAGAUCAUCCACAAUGCCAGAAGACCCGAAGAUUUUACGAGAGUCCGAGGAACGAAUACCCGGCUCCUCAACACCAAGUAUGGAUGCAGACAAGGAGCUUGCCGCGCCGGGAGAACAGCAGCCGGCGGACGACCCAACUUCCAAAAAUCAACAAAGAUUAGACAGGUUCAAAGCGUUACAAGCUAGGGCGAAAAGCGCUGCGAAGAGCAAUCUCAAGGAAACGGCUGCUGAAUCCCAACGACUAAAGACCGAUCCCACCCUCCUUAACUCGAUAUCGCGUAAACAUGCUUUUGCAUCACAUAACCUGUUAAAAGCCGAUAUAGAGGCCUCCGGUGAAGAUUUUGAGCGCAAGCGAGCUUGGGACUGGACUAUUGACGAAUCGGAAAAAUGGGACAGGAGAAUGGAGAAGAAGCAGAAACAUCGAGACGAUGUGGCUUUUCAAGACUGGCGCCAAGAUGCACAUAAGAAUUAUAAGCGGCAGUUGCGUCGAAUGGAACCGAAUCUCGAUGCGUACGAGACUCAGAAGGCUGAUGCUGUUAUGCGCGCGGCUGCAAAUGGAGGCCUCGACCUCGUCGAAGGGGAGGAUGGCGAACUUGUGGCUGUGGAUAAGAAUGGGACGUUCUAUUCCACUGCAGACUCUAUCGAAUUUGCACAGAAUCGGCCUGAUCGAGCAGCUGUGGAUAGGUUGGUCGCCGAUCUGCAAAAGGCCGAAGAGAUUCGACUCAAGAAACGGAGGGAACGUGGCCUUGGUGAAGACGAUGCCGACGUUACCUACAUCAACGACAAGAAUAAACGAUUUAAUCAGAAAUUGGCCAGAUUUUAUAACAAGUAUACCGCUGAGAUUCGAGACAGCUUUGAACGAGGAACGAUGAUCUGA